AUGGCGACGUGCUACUUCAACCUCGAACGUUGGGGACGGAGGGCAACGGUCAGGGUCCCCGAGCAGAUUGAGCAACAACUUGAAAGGCGCAGAACAGACGAUUCGGCGCAGCAAACCGCCGAGACGAGCCACCACAAGGCAACGCUAUCCACCUCCACCAACGCCCUUUUCCCUCCUUUACUCGCGUGGCCCGAACCAUCCGGACGCUCAACCCUCGUAUAUCUGGGUUAUCGCAUCGUCUCAUUCGUCCUUAGCCUCGCCUUUCUCGCCGUCGUUGUCCUCGGCGCCCUAUUUACGAGCAUCCCUCUCAUUCUCGCCAAAAUCGUGGGCCGCAUACUCCAGCGAGGCAUCGUGGCCGAAGUGAAACGGCCGUUCCACGACGAAGAAGUACGAAGACGAGAAAAGAGAAGAAAGGAGGAUGAAGCUUGGGAACAGCGGAAAUCACGCGGCGAGACCGCGCCCGACAAGGAAAAGGCCAAAGAAGGCGAGUUCACGCCGACCGAAGGUGGCCCGGACCCAAUUGUGUGUGAUAUCGGCUACUACGCGAGGCGAGUUGGGUUGGACGUGGAAGAGUUUGACGUCGAAACCGAAGACGGCUUCAUAAUAGCGCUGUGGCACGUCUACGACCCCGCAGAUCCGUGUGGCUCCGCGCGAAAGGAAGGCGAGGGCUCCGCCGCCAGCGCGAAGCCGAGGUCCAACCAGAAGCCCAAGUUCCCCGUUCUGCUCAUCCACGGGCUUCUCCAGAGCGCGGGCGCGUACUGCGUCAACGACGACGACUCGCUUGCCUUUUACCUCUGCAAAGCCGGCUACGAUGUUUGGCUAGGGAACAACCGAUGCGGGUUUGCGCCGCGACACAAGACGCUCUCCUACGCGGACCCGAGGCUCUGGUGCUGGAAUAUUCGACACAUGGGGGUCAUGGAUCUCCACGGGCUGACGACGACUGUCCUCGAAAAGACAGGGUUCGCCAAGCUCGGUCUUGUGUGCCACUCGCAGGGCACGACGCAGACCUUUGUAGCUCUGGCCAAGGAACAGCGGCCUGAGCUCGGGGAGAAGCUUACGGUGUUUUGCGCGCUCGCGCCGGCGGCGUACGCGGGCCCGCUCAUUGGCAAAAUGUACUUUAAAUUCAUGCGGGUCAUCUCCCCGCCAUGUUCCAGCUCAUGUUUGGUCUUUUCCUUUCUGUUCAACUGGACCGACGACCGGUGGGAGCGGGACCUGCGCGACCGCAUGUUCCAGUUCGCGCCCGUGUACGUCAGCGCCGAGACCAUGAGCUGGUGGCUGGGCCGCCACGGCUUCGCCAAGCACAAGUGCAUCCUCUCCACCAAGGACAUUGUCCGCGCCGAGGAAAAAGUAGACAUGGAGCUCGACGGCUUCGCGCAGGGCAACCGCGAAAUCGCCGCCCUCGGCGCCGCGCCCGAGAGCGCGACCCUCCAGAGGGCCGUCGAGGUGUGUCGCCGCAAGCCCCGCGGCGCCACGGCGUGGUACGACGACCGCGCGCCCCCUUUGCCCUGUGGGGGCCGCGAGCCCUUUGUUCGCGUCGUUCACAGCAAGGUCGUGCCCGGCUACGAGCACCUCGACGUCAUUUGGGCCAUGGACGCCGUGGACCAGGUUUUUGUCGAGGUGAGGGAGGUGCUGUGGAAGACGUGCGAUGUUAGGGAUCGGUGCCGCGUCCCUGUGGGAGUGCCGAGUGCCGAGUGCUGUCUUUUCGACAUCUAUGAAGAGAGGAAGACCGAAUAA